AUGGCGACCGACGUCUCCUCUACCCGGCUCUAUCUGGGCAACCUUCCGCGCAAUAUCACGAAGCAGGAUAUCGAGGAACACUUUGGAACUCAUGGCGCAGGCACUAUCAAGGAGAUCAAGCUCAUGAACGGGUUUGGUUUCAUUGAAUAUGAGGAUGCUAUGGAUGCGCGAGACGUGUCAAUAGAUGGAACAGAAUUCAAAGGAGAACGACUAACAGUCCAAUUCGCUCGUGGCCCACGCCGUAAGGAUGAUUUCUCUGGUCCCCCGGAUCGCAACAUUCCCCGCCCACGUCGUACGAUCUACCGCAUGCAAAUUACUGGAUUGCAACCGGAAACCAGUUGGCAGGAUCUCAAGGAUUUUGCACGAAACUCGGGCCAAUUGGACGUCGUCUAUUCCGAAACAGGUCGUGAACGUGAUGGCAAAGGAUUUGUUGAGUUCGAGACCCCAGCCGAUCUCAAGAGUGCUGUCGAAAAGCUCGACGGGCAAACCUUUAAAGGAGCAGUGGUUCACUGCAGCGCCGAUAUCCAGGAUGAACGACCCGAAGCUCGAAGUUAUCGACAGAGAUCUCCCCCAAGAGGCCGAUACAUGGACGAUUAUGACCGUCGAGGUCCUCCCCCACGAGGAUGGAGUCCCCGAGGUUACCGUGAACGCUCGCCUGGUCGUCGACCUCCCAUUGAUGAUUAUUAUGAUCGAGGUUACGGAAGACGUACUCCACCAAGAGAUUAUGGACCACCCCCUCCGAGAAGAUAUGACCCAGAUCCGUAUGACAGCCGAGGACCGCCACCACCACCGGUCCGAGGCUAUGGAGAUCCAUACGCACGGAAUGGAGACCCGUACGGUCGUCCUAGAAGCCCGCCCCGAGGGUACUAUGGUGGUGGAUACGGCUACGAUGAUCGUCGUUACUAG